AUGGCCACCGACCUUUAUCGCAUCCGCGUCGUCCGCGUCCAUCGGGGCAAGUGCAUCGUCGUCUUCCGCGUCUACAGCGUCUACUACGACGGCGGCCACACGGUGCCAUCGGACGCCUCCUUCUUCGUGCUCCUUCUCGACGACGGCCGGUUCCUCUUCCCCUCGUACGCCACCGUGGGUCCCAACAGAGGUUUCUCGAGUGCCAACGAGCAUUUUGCGAUCGCGUCCAAUGGCCAAGCACUGGAUCACGCGUGGAUGACUGCGAACGCGCACACGUUUGUAAAGCGCGUCGAGCAGACGGCGUACGCGCCGGCGACGCUAAAGAAGAAUGCCGCGUUCGUCUACAGCGGCUUCAAGAAGGAGCGGCAGCUAGAGCAAGGCGUGUACGAAGUCGAGUACACAGAUCCCAAGUGGAUCGAGCACUUUGAGGUCGGCCACGUGUGGCAGACGUGCUGCUUUGACAUGCUGCACUGUAUGCCCAUUGACACCUCGCAACUCGAGCCCGUGACGACGCCGAAGCCAACCCGCGCCAUCUCGCCUUCGCCGGCCAAGACGACAAAGAAGUCAGUCCAGAAGACCAAUAGAAAGAAGCCAGUCAAGAAGACAAAACCUGUCAAGGCAGCGCUGCAUGCCGCUGGCCUCGUCUGCUCGUGCGUCUACCUUGUCCUCUUGGAGGCGUGGGCCGGCGCGUUCCCGUUGGCUCUCGAGGCCUUCCUUGCCUUGCUUACGGUGCCACUGCUCGUAUACUUUCGACUCCGGCGUCCAGCUCAGUGCCGACCAAAGCCGCGCCGGCGCCAGCGGUCGCUCUCGCGCGGCGGCCCCAGAACCCUCGACUUCAACGACGAAGUGCAGUGCGCAGAGGCCGCGUUGCGCCUCGCCGCCAGGUUUGUAGAGGAGCUCGAGGCCCUCGAAGCCGCCAUUGGUCGUGACUUGGACAUUCGGCGCGCACCGCUGUCGUGGACGGUUGGCUUUGCACUGCCGUUGGACCCGUCCAUCGACGUGUCCUUUCUCGAGGAGCGGAACGGUACCGCGCGCGCCACGUGUGUGCCAUCGAAGCGCGUUUCGCAGGACAUUUUGCGCCAGUUUGUCAACGACUGCCGGCGCCUCGGCCCAUUGGCCUUUGCGGCGACGUACUCGCCCACGCUGCCGUGUCUUCCGCGCGCUCUAGUUACGUCGCCAAGCCAUGUCAUGGACGCCAUCGCGUCGAGCCAUACCCCGGUCGAGCUAUAG